AACUGCACACACACGACGCGCAACGUCACACUCCCGCCCUCUGUACACGCAUUUGACUCAGUUUGGAAUCGCUCCCCAUUCUGUACGGUCUCACAGACAAACCAGUGAGAUUAGUGGAUCGUCAUGGCUCUCAUCAAGUUGCUCCUCGCAUCUUUGGCGAUAACUUCGGUAUGUGGAAUGUACUCAAAAAAGGAUGAUGUCGUCGAGCUGACCGAGGCCAAUUUCCAAUCAAAGGUUAUCAACUCUGAUGAUAUUUGGAUUGUUGAGUUCUAUGCUCCAUGGUGCGGUCACUGCAAGAGUCUGGUCCCAGAAUACAAGAAAGCUGCUUCAGCACUCAAGGGAGUCGCCAAGGUUGGAGCCGUUGAUAUGACUCAACAUCAAUCCGUCGGAGGACCAUACAAUGUUCAAGGAUUCCCAACUCUCAAGAUCUUCGGAGCCGACAAGAAGAAGCCAACAGACUACAACGGACAAAGAACUGCUCAGGCAAUCGCUGACUCGGUUCUCGCUGAAGCCAAAAAGGCAGUCUCUGCUCGGCUUGGAGGAAAAUCAUCAGGAAGCAGCAGCAGUGGAUCCGGAUCUGGAUCUGGAAAGCGUGGAGGAGGUGGAUCUGGAAAUGAAGUUGUUGAACUUACUGAUGCCAACUUCGAGGAUCUCGUUCUCAACAGCAAGGAUAUCUGGCUUGUCGAGUUCUUUGCCCCAUGGUGCGGACACUGCAAAAGCCUUGAGCCACAAUGGAAGGCCGCCGCUUCUGAACUCAAGGGCAAAGUUCGUCUCGGAGCUCUCGACGCCACUGUUCAUACUGUCGUCGCCAACAAGUUCGCCAUUCGUGGAUUCCCAACCAUCAAGUAUUUCGCUCCAGGAUCUGAUGUUUCUGACGCUCAAGACUACGAUGGAGGACGUCAAUCUUCUGACAUCGUUGCCUGGGCUUCAGCUCGUGCUCAAGAAAACAUGCCAGCUCCAGAGGUCUUUGAAGGAAUCAACCAACAAGUCGUAGAGGAUGCAUGCAAGGAGAAACAGCUUUGCAUUUUUGCCUUCCUCCCACACAUUCUUGACUGCCAAUCGGAGUGCAGAAACAAUUAUUUGGCUAUGCUCAAGGAGCAAUCCGAGAAAUUCAAGAAGAACCUUUGGGGAUGGAUUUGGGUUGAAGGAGCCGCUCAGCCAGCUCUUGAGGAGUCCUUCGAAGUUGGAGGUUUUGGAUAUCCAGCCAUGACUGCUUUGAACUUCCGCAAGAACAAGUACGCCGUGCUCAAGGGAUCCUUCGGAAAAGAUGGAAUCCACGAGUUCCUCCGUGAUCUCUCGUAUGGAAAGGGACGCACUUCUUCCCUUCGAGGAGAUGGAUUCCCAAAGAUUCAGAAGACUGAGAAGUGGGACGGAAAGGACGGAGCCCUUCCAGCUGAAGACGACAUCGACUUGUCUGACAUUGACCUCGAUAAGACCGAGCUUUAAAAUCAUGAAUUUUCUACAUACAUCGACACCAAAAACUUACUCUCACCAUGCAAUUUUGUUUUAAUUGUAACGGGUGUUCUCACCAGAUAACUCGUCUAACUGCGUUACAUCCAUACAUGUUUUGUGACUUUAGCGAUUUUUCUCGUAUUUAUUUAUUUUUGUUCUCUGUUUUGUUAAAUAAAGUAUUUCAGGAAGCU